AUGUCGCAGGAACGUCUGAGCAACGACGAGUUCCUCUCCCGCCUCACCACCCUCCUCUCGUCCACACACGCCGCAACCCACGGCUCGGUCUAUCUCACACAAAAGCCCUUGACACCCACAGACGACCAAGCGACCUCGGCUUCCCCGCCACCCUCACAGGUCCUGAUCCGCGCCUCGAAUGGCCUCUCCAAGCAACACCGGUUGGCGGCCAAGAAGGCCAAGGCUGGCGACACGAAGAAGGAGAAGGUGAAGUUUGCAACAGUGGUCGAGAUGUCGGAGCUGGAGGGGUUCUACACCAAGUAUGCUGAGACUUGUAAGAAGGGGAUGGAGGGGCUGAGGAAGCGGGACAAGAAGAAGGCCAAAGAGAAGGCCAAGGCGAAGAAGAAGGGGAAGGCUGGUGCUGGUGCUGGCGCUGGGGAGAAGGCUUCGGGGUCGUGA